AUGAGGGCAGAAUACAUUGGACAGGGGUUGGUGCGUUCGAAGAAACUUGCUGUAGUUGAUGUUGAACAUAUAGAUGAUGAAAAGGAAAAUGACAUAGAUGAUUCAGUAGAGUUGAAGAAAAUGAUCUCUUUGUUGCAAGAAGAGAAAAAUCAGAUGCAGAAACAGAUUGACAGUCUUACAGAAAACAAACGAAGAAGAGAAACAGACUCCCAAAAUAAUCAGGGAAAGUGGAAUGUUGGUGAUACAGUCAGGGCAAAAUGGUGCGACAAUGAAUUUUACACUGCCAAAGUACAGAAAGUGGAAACAAUGUACCAUGUUGUGUUCACUGAUGACAACAAGAAGAGGAAAGUUUCAGACCAGGACUUAAAAGAGAUGACAGAAUAAAACAAAAUCAUCCAUACAAUAUAUAUCUAUACUAAACAACGAAAAGAAAUAAUAUGUUUAAUUUCUGACAGAUUGAUUCUCAUUUCUUGUUUAUGCAUUUGAAAAUACUUCAGCAAGCUAUAAACAAUCUAUGUCUAAAUGAUGUCUGCCAUAUAUUAAGAUUGUGUCAGUCAAAGCAUACCAAUUUUAAAUUUUGAUUACUCCUUAGUCAGUGUAAUUUUAGUUUUGCCUAAAAGUUCAGAAUUUAAUAGAAACACUUUGUGUAUUUGUAUAUUUCGAAUGGUUUGAUACAUAGUCUUGUUCAGCAAGCCAGUCGAUGAGAUUAUGCCAUUUUAAAUAGCCUUUUUAUGCAUGUUAGUACACUGUUUUUAUGCAUAUUUCUACAUGUCAACAUUGUUUUAUGUAAAAGGUUGUUCUGCCAGUCUAGCACAAACUUGUAUAGAUAUAAUUAAUGUUUAUCAGUUGUUCUUGUACUUUUGCUAGGUUGACCAAGCAAUGCCUAAGCUUUGAUUAACAAGUUGAACACACUUAGUUUCUAAGACAUUAAACUGUCUUUCAUGAAUUAAUUGAAGGCCAGCUGAACAAUUCUGAAAGUAAUAUGAAACAUUGUGAAUGAGAUGAUGUACUGUGUACAAGACCCAGACCCCUAGCUCUAAGGUCAAAGUCAUUUUGAGGAAAGAACAUUUUUCAGAUUGGUAUUUUUUUCUCUGGUCUGUAACUUUUUUAUGCAUUUGAUGUAUAUUAUUCAAAUAAUUUUGAAUAAAUAUGUAUAUUUACAGGACACCUAAAUUAAUUUUCUAUUUUUCGUUUGUACAUGAAAUUACCUCCUUUUUAUUAUGUUAAGUACAAUACAUGUGAACCUGCUCGCUUAGCUUAAUAGGGAGUGCGCCAGUCUACGUUAUGGUUGUGUUGUGAGUUUGAUCCUUGGGUGGGAUGUAUGUUCUCUGUGAUCAUUCAUCUUCAACCUCACACUCAUGUGGGGAAGUUGGUGAACAGGUGGUACUGGUACAGAAUCCAGGAACACUGGUUUGGUUAAUUGCCCACAAUUAC